GGCUUUAGUCUCUUAACAAAUUGGACACAGCUCCGGAAAGCAGCAGUCCCAAAUCCAACCUACAGGCACUGGGAACUUUAAAGCAUCCAGGGACGACUGAAAAUAGCAUUUCUUUUUCUUUCUUUGUGUUCAAAACUAUUUUCUGUCUCCACCAGAUUUUUUUUGUCUCCCCCCGUUCCAGUUGUUUUCCAUUAGUAAUCCGAUCUCUCCAGAGCAGUAAGAUUCGCCUUCUUCUCCUUCUUUUCCCACCCCCCUGUUUGUUUGUUUUCCGCACAUCUCCUCCAGGAAGCUGUUGGUGCUUUUUUCCCCCUUCAAGAAGUCGGUUUUUGCAAUUUUUCUCUUCUUUUUUCUUUACUUCUCCGUAUUUCUCUCCCCCAGUCCCCUACCCCCACUCAGUGACCGUCUACAGCGUAGACUUUUUUUUUUCCCUUUUGGAUGAUCUGAGACUCUGGGGUGUCUGUAUAUGGAAAUAGUGGGCUGCCGAGCCGAAGAAAAUACUUGUCCUUUCCGUCCCCCAGCCAUGCUUUUCCACGGAAUCUCCGGGGGCCAUAUCCAAGGGAUUAUGGAAGAGAUGGAAAGGAGAUCCAAGACUGAGUCCCGCCUGGCCAAAGGAGGGCAGAUGAAUGGCAGAGAAGCGAGUAUGCCCCCUAUGAGCCCCGAAAAGCCUGCUUUGUGCGCUGGUUGUGGAGGGAAGAUCUCAGACAGAUAUUAUCUGCUGGCCGUUGACAAACAAUGGCACCUGAGGUGUCUUAAGUGCUGUGAAUGUAAACUGGCUUUGGAGUCAGAGCUCACCUGCUUUGCCAAGGAUGGCAGCAUUUACUGCAAGGAGGAUUACUACAGAAGGUUCUCCGUGCAGAGAUGUGCCCGCUGCCACCUUGGGAUCUCAGCUUCCGAGAUGGUUAUGAGAGCUAGGGAGUCUGUCUAUCACCUGAGCUGCUUCACCUGCACUACCUGCAACAAGACUCUGACCACCGGCGAUCACUUUGGCAUGAAGGACAACCUGGUUUACUGUCGUGCCCAUUUUGAGACCCUCUUACAAGGAGAAUACCCCCCGCAGCUUAGCUACACCGAGUUAGCGGCUAAGAGCGGCGGGUUGGCACUGCCUUACUUCAACGGCACUGGCACCGUCCAGAAAGGGAGGCCCAGAAAAAGAAAGAGCCCCGCCCUCGGAGUGGACAUCGUCAAUUACAACUCAGGUUGUAAUGAAAAUGAGGCGGAUCAUUUGGACAGAGACCAGCAGCCUUAUCCCCCAUCCCAGAAGACCAAGCGCAUGCGUACCUCCUUCAAGCACCACCAGCUCCGGACCAUGAAAUCCUACUUUGCUAUCAACCACAACCCGGACGCCAAGGACCUCAAGCAGCUUGCCCAGAAAACGGGCCUGACCAAAAGAGUUCUGCAGGGAGAACAAAUCUUGGGGCAUUACAGCCAAACAUCCCGACGUUUGAAAAUUCCCUAAAGUAUUAAAAGAAGGGGAAAAGUUUGAUCGGAAAUCCACUGCAGUGAAGACAAAGACAAUAUUAGGUUAUGAUAAUCAUACAUUAAAAAAAAAACUAUUGAGCCAAAAAAAAAUAAGAGAGAGAGAGAGAGACUUAAAUGUCAUUUCCUGAAUGUUAACAAAUUUAUGUUCUUUAUGGCAUCUAACACAAAUGAAGGCUUACAAAAUUGUGUGGUUAAAAACAAAAGUUAGAUAAGCUGUGUAUAAACCAGAGCAACCUGGCAGUAAUAUACCCUACCCAUGUUGGAAGAGAAUUAAUCCUUAAAAAAAAUAAAAAAUUUAGCAACAGCACAUUUGUCAAGCACAAAUACUUGUAAAAUAAAGUCCAAAUACAUUCAUUCCAUCUGCUUGCUGAUGUGUACUAGUCAUAUCUGUUAAAUGGCAUUUUUGUAAAUUAAAAGAAAAUCUAUCACUCAUUUAAGAGCAUAGGGAUCAAAACUAAGUAAUUUUAGUAUUAUUGUUUAUGGUUUCUUUUUUUAAAAGCCGAAAAAUCUGCAUGCACUUUUACAUCUGUCACCUAUAGUGUACAUUUCUGUAUGAUGACUUCUCUUUGAUGUUUCUUGUAUAAUAAAUAGCUUUCAUGAAUAAACAUUUUAUUUGAUGCAAACAUAGUUAACUUUAUGUAAACACACCUAAUCUAGCUGUUGAAAUUAAUUUAGAAUAUUUUGGACACUCACUGUCUUAAAAGGCAGGAUGGUAAACUUCCAAUUUGUUAUAUCUUGAAAAAAAAUAACCAAAACAACAAGGUGGCAUUGUAGCUUAGUGUAAAAUGAUUCCCUUGGAUUUUAAUGUUUCAUGACUUACUUUCAUUUGUUGUAUGCGAUUGAAACAUGUACUUAAAAUUAAAAUAAAGACAGAGGAAACCCAAACAACAAUAAGAAAAACAAAUCUCUGAAAAAGAGUAGCAUGUGUAAAAGCGUCAGCAACAUUUUUUUAAUUUUAGAACAUUAGGAUAAAAUUUAUGGAUUCUUGAUAAGUUUACAUGUUCACUAUGCAAUGAACAAAUUUAUUGACAUAAAAUAUAUUCUGAAAUAUGAAAGGAUCUGAUCUUUGCACAGUCCAAUUUACAUAUGAUUUUACAAGCAAAAAUGAAUGGAAAAAUAAACCAUUAUUUAAUAAUGAGGUUUUUUUAAUUGUUAGAAGGAAUAUUUGCAGAAAGAAUUUUUUAAAAACUAUUCGUAUUUAGCUGUAUAUCCAAAGCUUAUGUUAAACAAAUUAACAUAUAAAAUACUUUCCAGAAAUUUUUUCAUUAAGAUGAAAUUUUUAUUAUAUACAAAUGAACCCUAUGUAAAUGAUGUAACUUUUAUGAAUAAUUAUGACAGACAUUAAAUAUUUCACAUGUAUUCUCAGUAUUUGAAUGUUUUCUUAAAUGCUUUCAUCUUCUGGAUACCAAAAAAGAAAAAAAGAAAAGAAAAAGAAAGGAAAAAAGAGAGAAACUCUUAAUAAGAAGACAACACAACAUGAUAUAUAGAUGAUUUGAGACAUCUUGAAAAGUGCUGGUUUUGUUAGUAACUAAAAUGUUUAUGCCUCAGUGAAAUCUCGUAUAUAAUUAUAGUUGUUUAAAUAGAUUUAAAAAUAUACUUCAUGUCAGUUAAUUCAAAUUCUUCUUCUACAGAAAUACUCUUCUCCUAUGUCACUCGCCUGUGACAGUUUGAUUUAGAAAUAUCGUGGCACCUCUCCUAGUUCUAUAGAUGUUUAAAUAUUUGUUUGGUAAAUGAAAUGAGGAAAAAUACCAAAGGAGAAAGGGCAUGUUUUGAAAAAAAAUCUGAAAAAAACACCCUGAAAAAAACUCAAUGUAGUAUCAGUUUUAAACAGGCACAUUUUACAAAAAGCAAGAACUAAUUAAGCAGGUUGGAUGUGUAGAAAUCAUGUGAUUUAGAGUUGGCAGAACUACUGUGGUUUUCUGUGUUAGAGAGUAGUUCUUAGAGUCUGGGCAACUGCCUAUUUCUUGUCUUGGAUUGAAAAUGGAAGAAUGUGAACUUCGAGGUAGGAGCAGUGCAGCAAGUUUUCAUAGCUUCUCUACCUAUACUGUGGAUUGGACAAAAGUUGAGGAUAGCCUUGUCUAUCUUCUAGCAAGUUAAUCAUGGAUGAGGGGAAAAAGGCUUCACUGAGAUUCCCGAAUAUUACUGGAGAUAAUAGUGGUUGAGUUGGAUCCUUUGAUAUUAAUUAAUGCUUUAAAUAACUAAAAUAACGGAUGGCUUUUUGAAAAGCCCAAAAACAGUUUCAAAGCAUUUCUGAAAAAAAUUAUAAUUAAUAGCCUAAAAAAGGAAAGUUUUAGUGUAUCCAAACUCUAAUGGAAGUCACUUAAAGUGUACUAACACUAUCAUGUAUUUAAAUAAACUUUCUUCCAACGAGCUCGAGGCACUCAAUAAAUAUCUUAUAAAUAUCUCAUUUUUCCUUCACAAUAUCGCUGUGUGAGGUAUAAACAUGGAUAACUAUUACGAAUUUCCCAAUUCAUCAGUAGUGAGCAGGAAUUGGGUGUUUGGAGUGAUGCUAUUUUAAGUUCUUAUAUUAGGAGUAACUAUAUCAUUAUUAUGAAAAUGGAUUUAUUAACUACUAUUAUGGUGCUUUACUAGUUACUAUAGCUUACAUUUGCGAUAAUAAUAUUUUGACAGUGAACUAAAAUUGUUGGAUUUCCUUAUAGAGAGCUCCUUUAUUCAGUGGAAUAUUUAAAUUUUACAGCCAGAAAUUUCUAAGCACCAGGAAUAAGAAGAGAAAAUUAAAAUUUACCCCAACUAGAACAAUCUACAGCAUACUUUCUCUGAAACUAGAAGUAUAUGCCAAUAUUUUUUUUUGCCUCUCCAUUUUAUUGUCUUAAUUAUUAGGAUCCAGUUCCAACUUUUCAAAUAAAUAAAACUUUGCAUUUUAUCUUUUAAACUUUGCACAUCUUUGUUGUAUUGCCAGUGCCCCCACAUAAGGCAUCAUUCUCUUUACAUUUUGUCCCCGCUUUUCAAGCAUUUCAUUCAUAUCUCCUAUGGACAUUUCUUUUAGGAGAAUGGCAUUAAAAUUUUUUUUUUCAGUUGUCACUUCAUUUUUUUCAACUGUUAUCACUUUAAGGUAAUAUAUUACUUUGCCCUCUUGAUAGAGUUGCUUUGAUUUCCUAUAUUGUCAUAGCAAAAGGAUCAGAAUUGUGCAUGGUACUCUAAGAAAAGUCUGUGAAUAAGAUGUAAGUAACAAUAAUUCACAUUUAUUUAGUGUUAUGUUCUCUGAAAAUGACUUUUUUUUUCAACUGUGUUGCAAAAGUGAAUCUUCAUUCUUAUUUAUGAUUGCUCCUCAAUUCUCCCAUUUCUUUGGGAGUUCUUUAUAUAGUCAACUUUCCUCUAAUAUACAUAUCCUUCCCUCCAUUUUUCUAAAUCCAACUUCUUAAUUUAUGUUUCUUGACUUGAUCUCACACUACUAUGGCUCGCAAUCUAGAGAUGAAAGGUUUGGAUAUCUGUUUUAGGAAGUUCUUGCUGUACAUCUAAGUAUGCUUUCUCCUCACAUCUUAGAAUUGUCAGGAAUGAUUUUUCCCCUUUGGAUUUUGUUUACAUCUUGCAUGAUCUUAAAAUUUAUCUUAAAAACCAUAAAUGGAUACCUUUUCUGGCUAUUUGAAAAUAAAAUUUGCUGCAAACAAAAGAAGA